AAGAAGCGUUUUACUUGCACUUGAGCUCAUAGCAUUACUUCUUUGUAAGAGGUUAGAACGGCGUUAUAUAACGGAAUAUCUCUUCACAGAAGGGCGGUCAAAACCAUGAGGGCGUACCUAUUUCUUAUAACUGCCGCGACUGCGACGUUGGUGCUGGCAGACAGUGGGGAACAUCACAAUGCACAUCCGGAACAUCAUCGACACCAUCACCACCGCCACCACCACUUCCACAGUGAUGACACGGUACCUGUGGACCAUAGGCAGCGAGUUGAUAAGGUUCCUCGGAUCAUCCACAUAAUACCUGCUGAACACUCGUCGUACGAAGACACUUUACCACCCUACCACAAGUCCCCCAGUUAUGCCGUUCCAAACGUGAAGGACGAAACACCUUCCGAUACAUCCAACGACUGUGCUCACGAGCUCAAGCAACCGUGCCCUGAAGUAUGUAGUCUGCUGUUUGAACCAGUGCUCGCUGAGUGUGACGAUGGGGAGGAGGUCAAAUUCCCAAACUGCUGUGCGCUGCACAUGGCAAACUGCAAGAAACACAAAAAUUGCACUUUAUCAGACAAAAAAGUAAUCUAGCCGGUACUCAAUCAAUACUGAGACCAGUCACUUCAAGACAAUGAAACUGAAGAAGCUGCAGCUCAGCCAUCCAAC